ACCACUCAAAACGUCACCGACUCCCACAACAUUCCUUUCCACCCAACGAGGCGUUAAAAAUCCAACAAAAUAUGUGUCAAACGGCCUGCGAUUGACGUAUCAGCGAUGACAGAUUUACAAGUGCCUCGAUAUAUCCCGUGAAAAUAUAUCGCAUUUAUAUAAUUAAAACUCGUAUCAAAGGUUAGAUGAUCGAUAAUGGAUCGCAAUAAACUCGGACUGUCAGUCAAAAACUCCAUCAUGAUGGAGGACCUGAAAUUCAAAUUUUUGGGCCUCAUAAAUAAACAGAAUCAGCCAAAGAUUCCAUCGAUGGGACUGAACCCAGAAUUACUGAACCCAGUCGACUCCUAUCGUCAUGAUCUUCAGGAUGACGUUAAGUCAGAGGCUAGUCAGUCAACGGAGGGUGAAGCAGUCCCAGACCAGGACAUCCUGGAGUCGAUCGAAUCAUCGUAUUACGAAACAGACGGUACCUUCGACUCGUGCAGACACGAAUUGAAGAAACUACCGGAUCAAUUGAACUGCAAGGACAUCGAGAGGCACUACAAGAGGCUGAAGCAGCAGCAGCAAGUGGUGUCCAAGAAGGUACUGCAGUUGAUCUUGCAGCAGCAGAGUGCCUGUAAUGACGAGUUUCAGGAGAUUCUGAAGCUCCUGGAGCAGCUCCGAGAUGUCCUCGAGAUAUGUAGGAUGGGGAGGUUUGAUCUCAAUCUGGCAAAGAAGCAGUUCACCACUGCAAGCCUGGGCAUUUUGGCGAAUUACAGAAAGCGUCAGACGGUUCAGCAGCUUUUGAACAGCUUGAAUACUAUCAAGACGUUGCAGAAGACAGAAGAUCGUCUGCAGGAGCUGCUGAAAGAGGAGAAUUAUCCAGGUGCAAUAUCUCUCCUCCUCGAGUGCCAGUCAGCCGCCCAAACCUACAAGCACUUCCACUGCGUGGCAGCCCUCCACGGAAAGCUCCAAGACACCCUCGAGCAAACCGAAGAGACCCUCGACCACACGCUCUCCCGGAUAUGCCUCCAAUUCGACACGAAAACCUACACUUCAGUCCAGGAAGCCUACAAACUCCUCGGGAAGACCCAGACAGCGAUCGACCAACUGCACAUGCACUUCACAGCCGCCAUCCAUAACACAGCCUUCUCCGCAGUCCACUCGUACGCUGGGGGCGACAUAAAGCGUCAGUACAAACAAAUCUGCCAGUCGAUCCCACGAGACUCCCAGAUCAACUGCCUCAUCGACCUAAGCAAGUCCCUCUGGCGGAUCGUCUGCUCGUACCACCAGGUCCUCUCCUGGCACAAGUCCAAUCCCUCAUCCCCGGAGGCUCCAGACCCCUCGAAGAACCUCGAGGAGACCUUCAGCAAUCAGUACAUCAAACAAAAAUUGGAAAACGGAAUGACGAGGAUAUGGCACGACGUAGAAAUAAAAAUCUGCACAUUCCUCACAGCCACAGACCUGACCUCCCUCAAGUUCGAGCAGUUCGUCCAGGUCCUCGGCAUCAUCAAUCGCCUGAUGGAAGUCGGUGAAGAGCUCUGCGGCUCGAAAACUGAAAAUCUCCAGAAGACGAUGAGAAACCAGUGCUCCUUGUACUUCUCCCAUUACCACGUCUGCAGGCUCGACGAACUGAGGAUCUUUCUCGAGCAUGACGGCUGGGAGCUGUGUCCAGUCAAGUCGACGUUCGUGGCGACUCAGCUGCAAGAGUUCAAGAGCCUCAGACCAGCGCUGAUCAACUGCAGGAGCCCGGACGGCUCCAGUGAUCAUGACAAUUCAGUCUUCGGGUGGAUCCAGAGAUAUUUGGAGACCGAUGUCUCUCCAUUCGAUGUUGGCAUGGAUGAGACCAUGGAUGAGGACAUUCUCGCCAACAACAUGAGUCUUGAUAUUUCAGGUGGGGAUUAUUCUGAGGUGUCCUCUGAGGAAGAGACCGAAGUCAUCGAGGAGGGGUCCAAGAGAAGGAAAAGGAAGAGGGGGGUCACUGGACCGAUGGUCACCAACACGACCCUGAGUGUCUUGAGGGUCUGUGGAAGGUACCUCCAGAUGUCGAGGCUACUCAGGUCGAUUGCGGUGACUGUCACUCAGAGCAUGAUUCAGUUCUUCGAACUUUAUUUCUACGCUAUUCAUAAUUUUUUUACUUCAGACUUGGAAAUCGCGAGUGACUCUCUCUACAGUCCAAUAUUGAAGCUGACUCUAGCUAGAAUUCGUGAGAAUUUGAUUUUGGCGGAGGGUGAGGGGGAGGAGGAGGGAGGGAAGGGGAAAAGGAGUUUGAAGAUUCAGCAGCCGAUGCUGUCGAUGACAGUCGAUCUGUCCAGGGGGGAGAGGUUGUUUGGGCUGGCUGAGAGGAUCGUCGCGGUGGAGUCGAUUGUGUUCCUGGGGGCCCAGUACGAGAGUCUCAAGAGCUAUCUGGAGAGGUUGAUCAAGGAAAAGGAGGAGAGGGGGUUUCUCAAUCAGUUCUAUGGGCAGACGAUAGCUUCUGCGGUGGAUCUGAGGAAGCCGGUGUACAUGGCUGUGGUGUCGAGGGCCUUUGAUGUGGCUGGGGUGCUGAAUCUGAUGGGCAAGGUCAACUGGGAGGUGAGGGACGUCAUGUCCCAGCACAGUGCGUAUGUGGAUAAGAUUCUAAAGGAGGUGCUGGAGAUGAAGAGGAGGCUGGAGGAGGUGGGAGGAAUACUGCCACUGGUCGAAGAAGUCAAAGCUGCCAUCUGGGAAAAUGUGGGGCAUCUCGUGACGCAUACGCUUGUGGAGGGAUUCUCGAAUGCUAAAAAGUGUUCGAAUGGAGGCCGUGGGCUCAUGCAACUCGACUACACUCAAUUGAAAUCCAACUUCGAGAUACUAACGUCCGUGAGACCAAUGCCACACAGUGAGUACGUGGAAACCUACAUCAAGGCGUAUUACAUAGCGGAGAAUAUACUCGAGGAGUGGGUGAAGGAACACAAGGAAUACUCGGUGAAACAUCUAAUAGGUCUCAUCUCCUGCGCCUGUCAGAACAACAAAAAAUCACGCCAGAGACUUAUCUCUAUCGUCGAAGAACAACGACCAAAUAGGUAACGAACGCUCCAAUGUCUCGUCACUCUACAAUAAUCCAAACAAAUCGAAAAUUGUUCUUUAAGAUGAAUUAGAGAACUAAAUGAAUCAUUUAGAAUUCGCUCUCUAUUCGAGUGAUCAAAAGAUUGAAAGAUCUACAAUCGAAUCUCAUCAUUUUAUAUUUUUAAACAAGUAUUGCAUCAGCGCAAAAGAGAAUAUGCUUUAACAGCAUCGAGAAUGAUUUAGUAGGGAAGUGAAAAAUGAUUUUGUUAAAUAUUGAUUCACCUGGGAAACAAGUGCUUUUAGGAGCGAAUAUCAAAAGAUCUUUUUUGUAGACAAUUAAAUUCUCAACAAACAAUUUCUUUUGACUUUAUCUCCUGGAUUUAAAAAAUUCCUACAAAUCACUUAUCCAUGGAAUUAUCAAUUCUAUCAAGACAUUUCCAUGAGUGUUCUAUCGAAAAAUGCUCUCCACGUACUAAGAACAUUCAACCAAUCUAGAAUAAAGUCAAAUUUUAAUUUCAAAAGAUUUUUAACACUAUUUAAAUAACGAACUCGUGAAAUGUAAAUAAAAAUUGUAUUUAAUUAACCAAAAA